AUGAUAGCUAGGAUUGCUCUGUUGUUGCGGGGCUUGCUGGCUUUCGCUCUGGUGGUCUCGAUCCCGGGAUCGCUGGCGCAGAAGGUCGCGUCGCAGGAUUGUGCGACCGGCGUGCAUGCCAUUAUCUCGCGUGGACAGGGUCCUGGAGGUGAUUUGAGUGUGAUGGGGGCCUUGUCGGAUAUGAUUUUAGAUCAAAUUCCUGGUUCGACGACACUGGGUUUCCCGUUUGACCACGAUGCCGACGAUAAAUUCACGGCGGUCCAUUCUGGUGCCUUGAUGCUGCAGCAGUAUGUGCACGAUUAUGUCGAUUCUUGCCCCAAGGCCAAGAUUGCCUUGAUUGGAUAUUCAUUGGGCGCCGUGCUCACCAUGGAAGCGAUCUGCGGAACGAGCUCUCUUCUGUUGAUUCCACUGCCGCCUCUUGAUCCCUCCUACAAUACUACGGUGAUCGCAAGCAUCGCCUACGGAGACGAGACAUUCGUUCCCUUGCAGCCUUGGAAUACAGGAGAUUGUACAGUCGGACUCGGGGAGUACCCUCGCCUGAACCCAUCCACUUGCAAACCAUUCGCUAGCUCACUGCAAAGCUAUUGCGACUAUGGUGAUGCCCUAUGCUGCUCGCCGUAUCCAUUGGACGACAACCAUGCUCACCAUACCUACAUGAAAAAAUACGACCAGGAUGUCGUCGAUUUCAUCAAACACCGAUUGAAGGCAUAA